AUGUCCCUUUCCUAUCAUUAUCUGAAGCUCCUAGAAACUACCAAUGCUCUAAUCGUGCCCGCCCCACUUUAUGUGGUUCGGCUAGCAAAAGCCCUCACCACCUCGGUGGCCGUCCACAUGACGCUCGGCUUCGGCGAGACGUUCGUCUACCUCAAUCUCCUGUACUACGUGAGCACCCUCAUGCUUCACCGCGAGUACUUCCCCUUCCUGCCGACCCCGGAGUCGGAGCCACGGGGUCCAGUCGACCAGCCCAUGCUGGGGGCGCCCGCCCCCGAGGGCUGGUGGGACGACAGCUCCCGACUCCUCUUCGGCGCGGCAGAGCACAUCGCCGCCAUUCUACACGAGGCCUCCGAGUGUGGCGUGCAUCUCAUGACGCCCUUUGCCGGGUUCUGCGCAUUCUCAGCCGGCUACCUCAACCUCUACGUGGCGAAAUACCCCCGAAUGAACCUGGGCCGCAGCCCGCGAGCAAGCGACUGUCUCAAAAUGUGUCUCGACUACCUGGAAAAGUUUCGACUUGUCUGGAAAAUCGCCGACGGAUGGGGCGGCACGCGCAAGAUCAAAACGAUACACCAUGCAUCCGUGCUCUACGAGCGAGCAACCGAGGACCGGACACGAUACCAGGGGCGCACACGAGCAGACUUUGAUACUCUACACCAGUCUGUCCACGAGUUCCGUGUCGUGGAUAGAUCCGACGCGCAUACUCGGGAGAUUCGGGGCGCGGAGCGGCCCUCGGCGCAGGCGACUUGGCCGGUUCAAGGGCACGAGCACGAGCACGAGCACGAGCACGAGCUCGACACUAAUACCUUGUUGAACCAGCUUUUCGCGGAAGUCAGCAAUAACCUCGACGAGCAGGGGGCCUGGUCUCAAUGGUGGCCGGCGAUUGAUCAGGUGGAUCUUUAA